AUGAUUAGCCUUGCCAGGAAGCAAUCUAAGACAGAUGCCAAUGUCAUCUCCGACAACAUCUGCAAUGCCACCGAACGCGUCGCACCCAAGACGUGGACGCCACCCGACAUGCGCUCAUGCAACGGAAAGCCGCAGAAGAAGAAAAAAGCAAAGAAAAUCCCACACUCACUUAAUCCUCCGAAAAAAACCCCCGGCGGAUGUGCGGAUCUCCAUAUUUUGAUUGUGGCUGGAUGGAUCCCGGAUCAGGCGGUUGCGUUUGACAUCCCAAGGCAAAGCGUCGGGCGCAUGCAGGUUCAAGCUGUGAAAAGACCCGGGAACGUGCAGGGUUAUGCAAGUUAUACGCGGCUGCUAUCGGUUUGCUGUAUUCAUUAUCAAGGCUUUGAGUCGAGGUCGGGUAUCUUUCCUCUCUGGAGCGUUUGUCUUGGGCCCUCGAGUGGCGUUGAGCAUUCCACUGACUAG